CCAAUCAACAGCAGGAGGACCUGAACCUUACUUUAAAAGUUCGGCCAAACCAAAAGCUGUUUGUUAAGAGGAUGAGAGACAAACAGACAGGAAUAUUUUCUAAAACCCUCUGGAAAUACAGGCACUCUUAUAGUGACUAUUUCUACUCGUUGAUAGGUUUGAUAUAGCACCACCAUGGCCACUUCAGCCAGUUCCAAGCUGAGCAAAGCUGUGAAACAGCAGUACAUGGACCUCCCCCAGGGAGACAACGUUCAGGCUAUGUACAUCUGGAUUGAUGGAACCGGGGAGGGAUUGAGGUGCAAGACCAGGACUCUAGAUUCAGAACCUAAGACUAUAGAAGAGCUUCCUGAAUGGAAUUUUGAUGGGUCUAGCACAUAUCAGUCUGAGGGGUCCAACAGUGACAUGUACUUGAUACCCCAAGCCAUGUUCAGAGACCCUUUCAGAAAGGACCCCAACAAACUGGUUCUGUGUGAUGUUCUCAAAUACAACCGCAAACCUGCUGAAACCAACCUUCGUCAGAUGUGUAAAAAGAUCAUGGAUAUGGUACAGAACCGGCAUCCUUGGUUUGGAAUGGAACAGGAGUACACUAUUCUCGGCACGGAUGGUCAUCCAUUUGGUUGGCCCUCCAAUGGCUUCCCUGGACCUCAAGGUCCAUACUACUGUGGUGUGGGAGCUGAUAAGGCCUACGGACGAGAUGUUGUAGAAGCCCAUUAUAGAGCCUGUUUGUAUGCUGGAGUAAAAAUCUGUGGAACUAAUGCUGAAGUCAUGCCUGCACAGUGGGAAUUCCAAGUUGGCCCUUGUGAGGGCAUUGAUAUGGGAGACCAUUUGUGGAUAGCCCGCUUCCUCUUGCACAGAGUUUGUGAAGACUUCGGUGUUGUGGCCUCUUUUGACCCAAAGCCCAUUCCAGGGAACUGGAAUGGAGCUGGCUGCCACACCAACUUCAGUACCAAGGAGAUGCGUGAGGAAGGGGGUUUGAAACAUAUUGAGGAGGCAAUUGAGAGGCUGGCCAAGAGACACCAGUACCAUAUCCGUGCCUAUGAUCCUAAAGGAGGGCUGGACAAUGCCAGGCGACUAACUGGCCAUCAUGAGACCUCCAACAUCAACGAGUUCUCUGCUGGAGUGGCUAACCGUGGUGCUAGCAUCCGAAUUCCACGAUCUGUAGGCCAAGAAAUGAAGGGCUACUUUGAAGACCGCCGUCCCUCAGCCAACUGCGAUCCAUACGCAGUCACCGAAGCUCUUAUACGCACAUGUCUGCUCAGUGAAGAGGGUGAAGAGCCAAUGACAUACAAGUGAAAUAGUGGACUAAAAUGUCAUUUAAGUAAUAAUAUCUUACUGAUGGCUUUUUUUUUUGUUGUUCAUUAGUCCAUCUGAAAUGAGGGAUGACACUAGAUGGAUCGCUUCCCCAUUUAUUAGUUGUAGAAACGCACAUUGGGUCAGUUUAUCCUACAAUUUUAGCUUUCUCACUGCCAGUUUCUUUUUAUAACAGAUUUGUGGGUGUAAUGAUACCAGAUUUGGCAGGGAUCCUAGAUUGAUAGAGAGAAAACUUUGCACCCAAGAUCAUAACUACUACUACUACUUGGCCUUUAUGACUAAAACUGUUCUAUGUUAUACAAUUUAACAUGGUUUUUAUAAAUUAACUGUAGAUAUUUUAAUUCUUAUUGUAGCCAAUUUUAGCAUUAUUUUUCACCAGUUUAUGAAUUAUGGCACUCUCUCACAGGGACCAAAAUGCAUUGUUUGUACUGAUGACUCUGCCUGUCCUUUUUUUUUUUUUUUUUUUUUUUUUUUUUUUUGCCAUACCAUGGUUCAGAAAACUUUAACUUGUCUCUUUACAUUAAAACAAGAAUUUUACUAAGA